AUGCCCCCACCGACAUCCACCGAUCCAUGGCUGGCUGCACGCCGAUUUGGAGUGGUUAUCGACGCCGGCUCGUCUGGUUCAAGACUUCAGAUAUACAGCUGGAAAGACCCCGGCGUAGUUCUCGCCGAACAAGGCGAUAUUGUGCGGAACACGUUACCCAAGGUUGAAAAGGGUCUGUCGUCAUUCGCGGAUAACCCGGAGGGUGUUGCGAGCUAUCUAGAACCACUUAUUCAACAUGCCCAAUCCCGAAUACCGCCAUCUCUCGAGUCCGAAACCCCUCUGUUCCUUCUUGCCACCGCUGGAAUGCGUCUCAUAAGCCCGGUGCAACAAGCACGGGUAUUGAACGCAGUAUGCCAGUACCUUCGCUCCUCUUCCAACUUCCGCAUCGACGACGAGUCCAAAGACGGUCCGUGUGGACUGAGUGUCCAAAUCAUUACCGGCGAGGAGGAAGGCCUGUUCGGUUGGAUAGCAGUGAAUUAUCUUAUGGACGGGUUUUCGGGAGGGACAAGUGAAAAGACGACAUAUGGAUUCCUCGACAUGGGAGGUGCCUCGACCCAAAUUGCGUUCGAGCCUGCGGAUAGUGACCUUCGGAGUGACAACGAGGUGCUCGUAGAUGUUAGGCUGAGGCUUCUAAGUGGUGAGGAGGUCAAGCACCGGGUGUUCGUGACAACGUGGUUGGGAUAUGGGACGAAUCAGGCGAGGGAACGAUACAUUUCCGAGACGAUCCGACGUGCAGAGGAUGAUCAAACUCUCGAUACGGGUGAUCUCGACUAUAUACCUGACCCUUGUCUUCCAAAGGAUCUGGUGGUUUCGGAGGGAAAACCUCGGUUGGAUGGUUCCCCCGUGCACUCCUCAGUGCCCUACAAGCUCGUCGGUACGGGUUCGUUCACGCAGUGCCUUCAGAAAACCGCGCCCUUGCUAAAUAAGGAGGCUCCGUGUGCAGAAGAACCGUGUCUCUUCAAUGGCGUACAUGUUCCACUCAUCAACUUCUCUUCGUCGCAUUUCAUCGGGAUAUCUGAAUACUGGUACUCGUCCGAACACGUCUUCGGCUUGGGUGGGCCUUACGACUUCGUCCAGUACGAACGGGCUGCAACGGCAUUCUGCGAGAGAGAUUGGGACGGGAUAGUUGAGCAACACGAGUUGUCCAAGCAGCGUGGCUUGCUUGGUGGUGAUGGCGAGGUACUGCAGGACGGGGAGGUCAUCAAAACUGGUGUCUGGGGCGAUAGGGUUGAGUUGUCGCGUUUGCAGAUGCAAUGCUUCAAAGCAGCAUGGGUCGCCAAUAUUCUUCACGAAGGCAUUGGGAUACCUCGUAUUGUCGAUCCAGGUGGAAACACUUCGACGAGGGGCGAGCAGGUUGCACAGCAAGCCGAAAGGAAAGGCCUAGGACGACCUAUGUUCCAAUCUAUGGAUAGCGUAGGUGGAGUUGCGAUCAGCUGGACCCUGGGGAAGAUGGUGCUAGAGGCUAGCAAGGCGGUUGAGCCUCUAUCAAUUCACAUUCAAGAUAUACCAUCUACUUCUCAGAAUCCGCCCAUAAGACCAAUUCGACCGCCGUUUUUCGACCUCGACAUGAUUGAAGAGAAGUUAUCUCAGCACCUACCCCCAGCUCUCUCUCGCGGAUCGCUCGGAUUCUCACCGGUCACAUUCUUCCUAUAUAUCUUUGCGAUUUUACUUUUAGCCUGUAUGACCUCCCGUCUGCGCCGAUCGCUCCGUCAUACUUUCCGUCGCAUCAGGCGAUCCCCGCUCAAGCGUGACCUUGACACGACAUACUCGAUGGAGGAAGGUAGCUUAUCACCAGGUGCCUCAGUACGCUCCUCUACCCGAUCAAAACCCUCGUUGCUUCGGUCUCUCCGCCGGUUUUUGUCUUCCUCCCCCUCCCGCCCAAGAUUAUCGCCGUUGAAUACGACCCUCACCCGCCCGAAUCUCCGGCGCUCGCUCUCGUACCCCUCCGCGACAUCCCCAGCUUAUCAGCACCCCGCUUUCGGGACCUCCACAGCAUCGCAGUACCACUCCCGUUCAUCGUCGCCAACACCUACUGCGCUUCUUUUUGACGAAAAUGGCACGACGACGACGACUUUAUCGAACACAAUAUCAUCAAUCUCAGCUUGUACCCCCAAUAUCGCGCGCUCGCGCAAUUCGUCCCAGAUGAACUUGACGACACUCGUCCCGAGACAGAUGUCACUGUCACGUGCAUCGAGUUUUUCGUACACACCAAGUGAGAGUUUCGAGGAUGAGUAG